AUGAAGCUGAACAUCUCUUUCCCAGCUACUGGCUGCCAGAAACUCAUUGAAGUGGAUGAUGAACACAACCUUCGUACCUUUUAUGAGAAGUGUAUGACCACAGAAGUUGCUGCUGAUGCUCUGGCUGAAGAAUGGAAGGGUUAUGUGGUCCGAAUCAGUGGUGGCAAUAACAAACAAGGGGAGAAAGAUAUUCCUGAACUCACUGAUACUACUGUGCCUCAUUGCCUGGAGCCCAAAAGGGCCAGCAGAAUCCACAAACUUUUCAAUCUCUCUAAAGAAGAUGAUGUCUGCCAGUAUGUUGUGAGAAAGCCCCUAAAAAAAGAAGGUAAGAAACCUAGAACCAAAGCGCCUAAGAUUCAGCAUCUUGUUACUCCACAUGUCCUCCAGCACAAACGUCAGUGUAUUGCUUUGAAGAAGCAGCACACUCAGAAAAAUAAGGAAGAGGCUGCAGAAUAUGCUAAACUUUCGGCCAAGAAUAUGAAGGAGGCCAAAGAAAAACGCCAGGAACAGAUUGCCAAGAGACGGAGACUGUCUUCUCUGAGAACCUCUACCUCUAAGUCUGAGUCCAGUCAAAAAUGACAUUUUCUAAGAGUGACAAAUAAAUAA